CAAGCUGUUAACUCUUCUAUACGCACUCCCUGUUUUGUGCUCAGAAUAAUAUUCCGGCAGAGUAAUGCGGGAUCAAAGAAUUCAGAUGUGAAAAACUCCAGUAAUAUUAAUGGAGUUAAAAAACAGUAAAUGCUCUCAUGUUACUUGGAUUCCCCGUAUUUAUAGUUGGACUGGUGCAGUGCUCUCUAACAAAACGUGAUGCACUUAAUUAUAACGUUGUAGCCAAACGGAUAGGCUUUUAAAUUCAACAUUUGCAAUUGUGUUUAUAGAACUAAGCCUAUCCACACUCAAAAUGGCGGACUUAGAGGCAGUUCUAGCAGAUGUGAGCUAUCUUAUGGCUAUGGAAAAAAGUAAAUCUACACCAGCUGCCAGAGCCAGUAAGAAAAUAGUAUUACCAGAUCCGAGUGUCCGCAGUGUGAUGCACAAGCACCUGGAAAAAAUGGGGGAAGUAACAUUCGAUAAAAUAUUCAACCAAAAAUUAGGUUAUCUCCUAUUCAAAGAUUUUUGUGAUAAUGUCUAUGAAGAACCAGUCCCACAACUAAGCUUCUUUGAAGAGAUCAAGAGGUACGAAAAGUUAGAAACUGUAGAGGACCGAAGGGCGGCUGCCCGCGACAUCUACGAUAAUUUCAUAAUGAAAGAAUUGCUCUCUCACACUCAUGAUUAUUCCAAAGAAUCUGUUAGUUAUGUACAAAAGUAUCUAAUGAAAAAUGAAGUUCCAGUUAAUUUAUUUCAGCCAUAUAUAGAAGAAAUAUUUAGUUUAUUAAGAGGUGAAAUUUUUACUAAGUUUAUUGAAAGUGAAAAAUACACAAGGUUUUGCCAAUGGAAAAACUUAGAGCUUAACAUACAAUUAACAAUGAAUGACUUCAGUGUUCAUCGAAUCAUUGGACGUGGAGGAUUUGGUGAAGUUUAUGGUUGCCGGAAAGCUGAUACUGGAAAAAUGUAUGCAAUGAAGUGUCUUGAUAAAAAACGGAUAAAAAUGAAACAAGGUGAAACUUUAGCAUUAAAUGAGAGGAUAAUGCUUUCUCUUGUGAGCACUGGAGAAGGCUGUCCGUUUAUUGUAUGUAUGACCUAUGCAUUUCAAACCCCAGAUAAAUUAUGCUUCAUUUUGGAUCUAAUGAACGGUGGAGAUCUACAUUACCACUUAUCCCAACAUGGUACGUUUGCAGAGCAGGAAAUGAGGUUUUACGCAGCUGAAGUCAUAUUAGGACUAGAACACAUGCACAAACGUUUUGUUGUGUAUAGAGAUCUCAAGCCAGCUAAUAUUCUACUUGAUGAACAUGGUCAUGCUCGCAUAUCUGAUUUGGGACUUGCAUGUGAUUUUUCAAAGCGGAAACCCCAUGCUAGUGUGGGUACUCAUGGUUAUAUGGCACCUGAAGUAUUAUCAAAAGGAACACCUUAUGAUUCUAGUGCAGAUUGGUUCUCCUUAGGAUGUAUGUUAUACAAGCUACUUAAAGGUCACAGCCCAUUCAGGCAGCAUAAAACAAAAGAUAAGCAUGAAAUAGAUAGAAUGACACUGACCAUGAAUGUUGAAUUGCCUGACAGUUUUAGUGUUGAGCUAAAAAAUCUUUUGGAAGGUCUGCUUCAAAGGGAUGUGGGUAAAAGGCUUGGCUGCAAGGAAGAAGGUGCUGAUGAACUGAAGGAGCAUCCUUUCUUUACGGGUAUUGAUUGGCAGCUAGUUUAUCUUCAGAAAUAUCCCCCUCCACUUAUUCCUCCAAGGGGAGAAGUUAAUGCAGCUGAUGCAUUCGAUAUCGGUUCUUUUGAUGAGGAAGAUACCAAAGGAAUCAAGCUAACGGAUGCUGAUCAGGAGCUUUACAAAAAUUUCCCUGUUGUUAUAUCUGAAAGAUGGCAGCAAGAAAUCGCUGAGACUGUAUUUGAGACCAUAAACCUAGAAGCUGAUAAACUUGAACAAAAGAAAAAGGCCAAAAUGAAAAUGAAGUUUGAUGAUGAGAAAGAAUCCGAUUGCAUAAUACAUGGCUACAUCAAAAAGUUAGGUGGUCCAUUUGCUUCAGCAUGGCAAACUCGAUAUGGUAAACUUUAUCCUAACCGUUUAGAGUUACAUACAGAAUCUAGUAGUGCCAAGCCAGAGCUGAUAUUUAUGGAUCAGAUUGAAGAAGUUGUAGCAGAUUAUGUUAUGGUGAAAGGGGAACAAUGCAUUGUAUUAAAAAUGAAAGCUGAAAAAGACAGGGAUGCAAAAAUUGUUUUAACGAAUCCAGAUGAAAUUGGUCUGAAAGAAUGGCUGACAUCUCUUAAAUCCACUUAUAAGAAUUCCUUAGAAUUACUGGCAACCAUGGCAAAGAAGGCUGGUAAAAUUUAUGGCACAGAGGCUAAUAAUAGGAAUAAUUUAGUGUCCCGUAAUACUAAUGGCAACUGAUUAAUGUUGAAGUAUGUGUGAAAUCUGGUGCCAUAAGGAUCCAGUGCUCGUCUGUAAACAAAAAAAAUGUUAAAGCAGAAUUGUUUUAUAAAUAAAUUAAAUAUAUAUACGCAAAUAUAUAUAUAUAUAUAAAUAGCAUGAGAAGAAAAACCAUUUGACUCUAUAUGCAUGGUCAAUCUCUCCUUUUCGCCUUGGGCAGACAGGCGCAGUUGCACGGGUUCCGGACUCUCCUUCGAUCGCUGCUUCCUUGGAGGGAACAUUUUCUGUGUAGAUAGGAAACCUAGGCCCACUUCGAACUGUCAGUGCAUUUUCCAUACAUGUCUCCCAGGCGAGUGGGCUAGCAUACAUCUGUAAAACUUCAGCUGGUCUGAUUUUUUUUGUGUGUGUGUUAUCAGAUGUAGCCACGUUUACUUGUUAGUGGAGCAGCAUCUGAUUUCCACUCCUUUUGUGUUGAGCAUCCAUCUCAGCUCAGUAAAUUAUUUUGUAUAGUUGUUCAAGUGUAGUUGUUCGGUAUGUAUGCUUGCCUGUAUGAAGCACCUUUCCUAAUCUCCAAUAUUGCCCUUCUUGUGACCAGAGCCAACUGGAAGAAAGAUGAAUCCUGGUUUCUUCCAUUUCAAUUCCCUAUGCAAUGUAUGUUGCCUAAACGUCUUGUACAGCGUGUCAACAGGUAGCUGUUCAGUCAAAGCACAUGCUAUGAGUCAAAGUUUAAUGUUCUUUUGAGCCAUUGUUAGAAAGGAGAAAAGGUUUAUGUUUUGUAUUAUAUGAAAUGGUGUCUUGCAUGGUUAAUUGCUGUCUAAUCUCAUAGGCUGUUCAAAUUUGUAAUUUACUUAACACUAUAAUUUCUGUACAUUUGUAAUAAUGUCGAGUCAAAGUACUUAUAUAGUGUAUAAAUAUUCUUGAAAUGUCUAUUAAAAAUUUUGGAUUUUCUUUAGUGGGAUUUUUUCUUUUUCGAUCAUCUUGUAAAUUUUAUAAUUUUAUCAGCUUUCGCUGGAAAUUAAUGUUGCCAUAUUUCUUGCAGCCGGUGAAUUAAGAUUUUUUCGGAAGUUCUAAGCAAUUCGAAAUGACAGUACUCUUUUUUUUUUCUAAUAUAUCCUCAGGUGUUUUGAGAUUUAUCUACCACGUUAUGCUAUUGAUGUAAAAUGUUUUAUGUUGUUGCAUAACUUUAAUUGAGAAUUGGCAAAUUCGUGGCACAAUAUUUAUUUUUUCUUUUUGUAUCCGAGUUAUCGUAUAGGUACUAUUUUUUGAAUUUUGAAAGUUUGUUAUAUUCCAUUUUAUACAUAUAUUUAUAAUUAUGUUCAUAUGUCAUCAUUGUAUAUACAUAGAUCAUUAAAUUUUAUAGUUAAAAAUCUUUUCAUUGUAGUGUAUAUAAUUUCAAUUUUUUUAAGGAAAGAAAUUACUUAAUAUAUUUGAGGCAUACUCAAAACAUUUGUGCAGCUUUUCAAUGAGAUUAAUUUCUUUCUGUUGGUAUCAAUUAUAUUAAAUGUAUUGUAUUUAGAAAGGAAAAAUAUUCAUAAUACUUCAUAUGGCAUCUUUUUUCCCUUGUCUGAUUUAUAUUAAUGUGAAAUUACAUAAAAAUAUUAUUACACUUGCCACAUUUGAUUUUAAUAAAAUUAAUUAAAACAAAUAUUGUUUCCUGCUUCAAUAUUCGAUGCAUAUAUGAAUGUAAAGCAUUUGAUUGACUUAAAAUCAAAUCAAAGUAAAACUAGGCAACUUCUAGUAUCUUUCAUUUUUCUUCUACACACAAAUGUAGUAUUUAAAAGGUGCGAUUGCAGAAAAAAAAAAAAAAAUGCAAGUUUUAAAAUCACUUUUUUGAUAAAUCUAGGAAUUAAAUAAUGAAGGCAAAAUAAAAUUGCAAUGUUUAGUUUCAGAAAUGCAGUUUUCUAGGGCAUCUCUGUAUGAUACUUUCUUUGAAUCCACAGUAGUUUUGUCUUUAAUACCAGUGCAAAAUAAUAGAUUAAUCAGACAGGAAUAUUGAUAGUUUAGUAAUGUUAGGGUUUAUGUAUUUCUCUGAUUUACUAUGCAAAGCAAUAAAAUAUCUCUAAAUCAAGUGCAAAGACAAUAUGUACACAAAGUGUCAGUUACCACAACAAUACCACCUUAUGUAUACAUGUUGAAAUUAAAGUUUGUGUUUUAGUGCUGUAAAUAAAAAUACAACGUCAGCUCUAAAAUAAUAUGUGUAAAACAUCUUUAGUCCAUUUUUGAAUAAAAUUUUAAUCAUCAAUAUGCAUAUUUGCCUAGUAUGUUGAAAAUUUGAGUAAAAUUACUUUUUGAUAUUAAAUGUGUUGCAAUUCUUUUUCAAGAAAACUUGGAAAUUCUAUCACUUUGAAAAUAAAUCAAUGUUCAAAACAAUGUAUAAGUUGUGAAUGUUAGUUAAUUAGGUUUUAAGUGUUCUAGAAUUUAUUUUAAUGUUGACAGUAUAUAGUAAUAUGUGUAAUAAAGAUAAUCUUUUGUACAGAUUCAUUUCCCUAAUUUAUUCGAUAUGUGCAUGCAUGUAUUUGAUCCAGUUUAUUUAGUUUGGAUAAAUUUCAUUAAUUUUUCCAUGAGACUGAUGGUUUGAAUCGAUAAAUUCACUUUUCUAUUGUGAGAUUUUGAUUGGGAUCAUCAUUCCUAUUAUAUAACCAAUGCAAUUAAAAAACUUGUAAAAAAUAUUUAGUACUUACUGGCAAGAGUUGUGGAUUAGUAUUACAGAGAAAAUCAUUCUCGGGUCAGAGGGGGGGAGGUGAAAGGGAGGUUUUUUAAAGUGAAAAUCAAUAUCAUAGUUCAUUUUCAAAACAUUUAAUUUUAUUUCAAAUUUUUUGAAAUUGAAUUAUUCAACUUUAAUAUUAUAAUUUUGAAAUAAUUCAUUGGAAUGCAUCUUUUCUUCAUAACAUUGCUUUGCAAUUGAAAAACGAUAUUAUUAGAAUCCAAAAGGCCUGUAUCAUUAAAUAUGUUAUAAAAACUGAAUGUUAUGAUAAUAAUGUAAUCAAUUAUUUCUGUUUCGUCUACUUAUUAAUAUCUCAAAAUUAUUGUGAUCUUUGAGUAAUGCUAUUUACAUAUUCCAAAUAGAAAAAAAUAUACUUUAUUCUGUAUUUUUUUGUUAUUAUAUUGAAAGAGUUCUUUGAAAACUUUUGUUUAUUUGUAGUGCCAUAUAAACCUUAUUUGAAAACAACAACAAAAAAAAAAUUCCGAAUUUUACUAUGUUUGUAUUUCUUGAAACCAAUGUUUCAAAACACAUAUGAACAAGGAUAUGUCUCAUGUUGUAGUUAUAUGUUUGUAUAGUUAAUUUGUCCAUAUUAAUUGGUUUUGGGUUAUUUUUAAGUUAUAAUAUUUUUAGUUUAUAAGUAAAAACAUAUUUUCCUUCUUACUUUUUUUUUUACAAUAGCCAAGUUUGGAAAAAAAGUAUCUAUAUAUUGCUCAUUAGUCCUUUUUAAUUUUUUAAAGAAAACAAAUUGUAAAUUAGAUAGCUGUGGUCUGGCUUUUAUAUGUAACUGUUUUUCUCAUUAUAUCAUAAAAGAUCAAAGGCCAAUUGCUUAUUUAUUAAAUGUAAUAUAUAC